GAGAUCAUCAAGAAAAUGUCGAUGUCCUCGACGAACUGCAAAAACGCGACCUGUAUCAAGAAAAACCGUCGUCAUGCAGUUCGGAAGAUGAUGGCCAGAACGAUAUUGGCAGCGGCGGAGCUGCGGUUCUUUGUGAAGCAGCUCCUCUAGUAGCGCCGGCUUCUGAUCUGAAAAUACCUCCGCCCAGCACCACUCCAUCUUCACAAACUGCACAAGAAUCUGACGCGCCUCACGACCACCAGAUGACCAAGGGCAAACCUAGUACCAACAUCACCAGCCCCCUUCCGGAGAGCAUGCUCUCGGAUGGGCACGCGCCGGGGUUCCUGGUUCGCGACGUGAGCCGCAUUCAGUACCACUUGAAGUUGAGUAGUGCUUCAGAGAACAAGCAUGCCGUGCCGGAGAACUAUAGUACUCCUUGCGGCUACAGCGCA